GUAUGCGUUAUUCAUCUGACUAUUCUCAACAUCAAGAUGGCCACGGUCGUGAAAGUACAGUAAGGAUUGUAUGAUUUUUGGCAUAUAUCGCCAGUUACGACGUUUGGAGCCGUUGUCAUUAAUAUUCAGUAUUUUCGGUUGAAUUUUAAAAAUGACAGCGGGUACAAGCUUAGUAGUACCUAUAGUUUUAUGGGGUCGAAUAGCUCCAACUCAUUGCAUUUCCUGUAUCUAUUUGUCCCGAGAUCAAAAAACAUUAGUAACAGGAUGUUAUGAUGGUCAGAUAUGUUUGUGGCAAGUAGAUCCUGAAACACUAAAGAUGACUCCAAGAUGUUUACUUGUUGGUCAUACUGCUCCAAUAAUGUGCCUAAGUCGAGCAAGUGUUAUUAUGGAACAAAAUUUUAUUGUCAGUAGCAGUGAAAGUGGAGAAAUGUGCACUUGGGAUUUAGUUGAUGGAAAAUGUAGGGAAGCUGUAAAACUUAGCAGUGUUCAUACACAGAUGUUGCCUUAUGUCUCCGCUGGUGGAGAAGAUGUUAGAUUGUUUUGUUCAGGAUACUAUCCUGAGGUUUUAGUAAUGGAUCCUUUUAGUUUAGAGGUUUUAUUUACUCUAAGUUCACGUGUUCAUCCUGAUUGGAUCAGUGCUUUGCACGUUUUACGACCGGCCAAACGGAAAGACGACGUUGUGCUGGCCUUAACGACGACUGGUAUGGUCAAGGUGUGGACUCUUCUUGGGCAUGAAAAUCGUAAUAGUGAACCUCUUUAUGAACAUGAAAGCAAACAAAUACGAUGUUUAAAUGCACUUGCUAUGACUUGUUGCCCAUAUAAUCAAAGAACUGUAUUAAUUGUGUGCUCUAAACAUUGGCAGAUAUAUGAUGCUGGUGACUUCUCUCUUCUUUGUUCAAUUACUGCACCUUGUGGUGAACGCUGGAUGUCUGGAGAUUUUUUAGCUGCCGAUAGAGUUAUUUUGUGGAGUGAUGAAGGUCAUGGCUAUCUCUAUAAAUUACCAGCUAAUAGCGUUGCAGACAAUAAAAAUUUUCAUUCUGCGGGUGUUGAAUAUGAUCAACCUUACCUUUAUUGUACUUUGAUGCAACCUGGAGAUAAGCCUCUAUCAUGCCCUCCAGCAAUGCGAUUAGUUACAGUUCAAAAACAAAGUAAAAUAUUAAAAUAUUUAUUACGUGGUGAUAGUGAAGGAAUUGUUCUUUGGACAGUUCCAGAAAUAACAACUCAACAAUUAACUCAAAUUUGUCAGAAUGAUUGUUCUAUUCCACUUUCAUUACCACCAGCAGUAAAAACAAGUAUUACUGCUGCUUGGGAGGAAAUGAAACCAUCGCCAGUUGGAAUAUUAGAUCAAUUAGAUAGUGGAGAUGUACAUGGCAUAAAAUUAACAGCUAGCAUAUAUUUACCACAACAAAGUCGUUUAGUUGUCGGUCGUGAAGAUGGCAGUAUUAUUAUUGUUCCUGCAACACAAACAGUCAUGCUUCAUUUACUUCAUGGCAAUCAUCAACAAUAUGAUGAUUGGCCUCCCCAUCAAGUACUUUUAGGUCAUUCUGGCCGAGUGAAUUGCCUUUUAUAUCCACAUGGAGCAGCUCCACGUUAUGAUCGGACACAUCUUGUUUCUGGAUCUGUUGAUUUUGCCGUAUGUUUAUGGGACCUUUAUGCUGGUACACUUAUUCAUAGAUUUUGUGUUCAUGCAGGUGAAAUUACACAAUUAAUGGUACCACCUGAUAAUUGUAGUCCUAGAAUACAGAAGUGCGUUUGCAGUGUUGCAUCGGAUCAUAGUGUUACUUUGUUAUCAUUAGCAGAAAGAAAAUGUGUUGUUCUUGCUUCUCGGCACUUAUUUCCAGUUGUUACAAUAAAAUGGAGACCAUUAGAUGAUUUUAUGAUAGUCGGAUGUUCAGAUGGUGCUGUAUAUGUAUGGCAAAUGGAAACUGGUCAUUUAGAUCGCGUAUUACACGGUAUUAUUGCAGAAGAAGUGCUUUAUGCUUGUGAUGAAAAUACAAUGGCUGCAUCUGGAGGAUCAGCUACAGGUGGUGAAUUGGGAUUAGCUAAUCCUGCUGUACAUUUUUUUAGAGGUUUGAGACAUAGAAAUCUUUCUGCUAUACGACAUGCAACUCAAAGAGGAUUACAUCAGCUGCAGCAACUUCAUGGUGGACAAGGAGUUGACCAUGGGAACCAAAUAAAGGCAAAAGGCACACCUUUAAUGAUUCAAGGAUUUAGAAGUAAUCCUAAAGAUCCAGAAAGUCAUAUUUUAUUUUUUGAUAUAGAGGCAUUAAUAGUACAAUUACUUAGUGAUGAAUAUGGAGCAAUGUCACCAGGUUCUUUGGAAGCACAAGGUCUCAUUUCUGCUUCUGAGUAUCAAAAAGUUGCAGCACUUACACAAUCUGCCAGUCCAGAUGCUCAUAAAAAAAUUGCAGGUGAUAAUUGGAACAAUAAUGAUGCUAUGAAAAACAAUUUGAAACGAAAUGGAGCUUUCAAUGAACCAAAUGCAACUAUGGAAGUAGCUCAGCUUAUAUUAAGUUUAUUGCAUGCCUGGGGGAUUGAUCCAGAUUUAGAUCGCGUUUGUGAAGGGAAAUUAGGUUUAUUAAGACCGAUGGUUCCCGUUUCAUUUGGAGUUUUAUCUAAAGGAGGUUACAUGUCAUUAUUAUUACCAACUUGGCAAACACAAUUGGAACCAAUUGGUGAACCUGCAACUCAAUUAGAACAACGUUUACCAGCAGAAUUAGUUAGACAAGAAAGACUUACAAGAGCAUUCACAGCAAGGGCACAUUGGGAAUUGUCUACCACAUUAACUAGCAAUCAUUUAUUAGCAGUAGUAGCUUUAGCAAAUACUUUAAUGUCAAUGAAUAAUGCCACUUUUGUACCUGAACAAGAACGAAAUCGAAUAAUGCAUAGGCCUGGUAAUAGAUCUACAAUAAAUUGGAAUAAAGCAGAAGAGGAAAAUGAAGAAAUUUAUACAGCACAACAAGCACAGAUUAAACAAGGCUGGUCUCUUUUAGCAACAUUGCAUUGUGUACUUUUGCCUGAUAAAAUAGUUUCACAAAGUGGUAUUAAGACAUUUAAACGACCUCAAGUUGAAAUGAUGGCUCGCAGAUGGCAACAUCAAUGUCUUGAGAUCCGUGAAGCUGCUCAAGCUUUAUUACUUGCUGAAUUAGGAAGAAUGGGUCCAAAAGGAAGAAAAACUCUUGUAGAUAGUUGGUCACAAUAUUUACCAAUGUAUAGCACUCAAGAACCUAUUGCACCACAAUCACAAAAUCAAAGCCCACCAGCUCCUGGUAGCCCAAUUCCUCCAUCUGAAUCACAUACAGAAGAGGAAGAUGAAGAAGAAGAAUUAGCAGAAGAAAUAAAUGUAGCUAGGAAGCCAUCGAGUGUGGCGGAAUUGAAACGAAAGCAAACCACGGCAGUUGUAUUAUUAGGUGUAAUAGGUGCAGAAUUUGGACAAGAUGUUACUACUACAAAUCAAAAAAGAGAUAAUGAACAAAGGCGAAAAAGUUCAAUCGUAGAAGGUUUCGGAAUAGGAAAUAAUAAUCUUGCUAGGCAUACUAGUAUGGCGCUUACACAUUUAUUACAUGCACCUCAUUCACCAAAAUUACCCUUACAUACAGCACUACGAAGAGCUGCAAUUGAUCUCAUUGGUAGAGGUUUUACAGUUUGGGAACCAUAUCUUGAUGUAUCAAAAGUAUUAUUGGGAUUGUUAGAAAUGUGUUGUGAUGCUGAUAAGUUAGUACCAAAUAUGACAUAUGGCCUUCCACUUACACCUCAAGCUGACACAUGUCGUACAGCACGACAUGCUUUAACUUUAAUAGCUACAGCUAGACCUGCAGCAUUUAUUACUACAAUGGCACGAGAAGUGGCUAGAUAUAACACUUUACAACAAAAUGCACAAACAUUAAAUGUAAAUAUGAAUGCAAGUGUUUUAGUAAAAGCAAAACCAGAAAUACUUAGAAUUGUUGAACAAUUAAUUGAUAAAAUGCAAAGUGAAAUGAGUGAUCUCUUAGUUGAGGUGAUGGAUAUUAUUUUACAUUGUCUGGAUCCAGGUCAUCUUAAAACUAAACCACUAAAUGAUGUAUUCCCAGCAGUAUGUAGAUUUAAUCAAGUGAGUCAUUGUCCAGCAACACGCAGAAUAGCAGUAGGCAGCCGCAAUGGUCAGCUUGCUUUAUACGAAUUACGAGGAAAUGUUAAAUGUCAAACAGUACCUGCACAUACAUCAUCCGUAACUGCAUUAGCAUUUUCGCCCGAAGGCAAGUUCCUGGUUAGUUAUUCUUGUACGGAAAAUAAAUUAUGUUUCUGGCAGCAAACAAGUAGUGGUAUGUUUGGCCUAGGAAAUUCUCAAACACGUUGUGUAAAAUCAUAUAGUACCGCACCCAUUAAUGAUGUAGCACGAUUAAAUCCUAUGCGACUAGCUCGAUUAAUAUGGAUAAACAAUCGUACAGUUACAUUAAUGCUUGCUGAUGGGUCUGAAACACGAUUUAAUGUAUAACUUUAAAAUGAUCCCUUUCAAUAGUGGGUGAAUAAAAAAAAUUGAACAUUAUAUAAUAAAAUGGGAUCAGUCUAUAGCAGAAAUAUGAAAUAAUUGUUUUAGAUAAAAAAAAUAACCAAAAGUGAUGUCAUGAAUGUUGGUGCGCUUAUUGGUACUUAAUAGUACUAGUGCUAAAAUAAUCAGAUAUGGAGCAUACUCAAAUGAAGUUCAUCAUUGCACAAUGCAGGAUAUGGUUUAGCAAUUAUCGUCAAAUAUGGUAUGAAAAUAUUUUUUCUCUAAUCUAUACACAAAUGUAUUUUUUUUAUUCCAUCUAAACAAUUUAAAUAUUUUAUUUCUUGAUCGCGUAUGAAUACUCCCAUUUUGUGUUCUUGUUAACGCCUAAAUUUUAACAAAAAAGUAUUCUUUUUAUCUAGUAAUUUAAUUGUACAUUAUUUGAUUGCUAAGUAUAUAAUUAUAAUUCCAAAUUAUUUAAUUAAUAUAGAAUUUCAUGAGUUUCAUUUCGAAAUAAAAUAAUAUAAUGAAACACUUUCAUACUGAUAUAUAUAUAUAUAUCGUAAAAUUCGUUGACCAUUUCUAUAUGAGGAUUGCGUGCUGUACUAUAUGUACUGUAUUAUGCAAUAUUAUACUAUUACGUGUGCUAUUUAAAGCCACGAUUACAUAUUCCUGAAACCCCGAUAUAAUAAAUAUAAUAUAAUAUAAAAAAAAGUGGCUAUCAUGUGAAACCUCGCGUUGAAAGUACAUACAUAUGUAUAUAUACAUAUUAAAAAAAAAAGGAAAAAAAAAUGAAUUAUCGCCUGAAAAUUUGUAUAUAUAUAAUGGCGAAUCGUAUAGAUCAAUAUAACUCAUAUGAAAUAUCUUGUAUCUAAUUUAUUCAUGUAUAAUUGAACGCUUCAAAUGAAUUCCUGUUUUACAAAUUUUACAUGUUAUUUAUUCACGUAAUUUGUACUAUUUAAUGAAAGUUAAAUAUUAUAUCAUAUCUUAUAGUUCUAUGUUGAGAUCUGAAUUUUAAAAAUUUGAUUGUGCAUGUUUGGUACUUAGAACUAAAAAAGAUCAAGUGAAAGUAAAAUUUAAUUAUAGAUUCUUAAUAUACAAAAUAAUAAUUUUCAAAUUUAAUAUUCAGAAAUAAUAAUUAAAUAUCAUACUUUAUUUUAAGAUUUUUACAAAUAUUCCAUGUAAAAAUGAUUAUUAAUAUUUAUUUCAUUGAUUAAAAUGAAACCAUUGAAAGAUUAAAGUAAUUGUGUAUAGUAUCAUUUAUAUAUGAAUUUUUUUGUUAUUAUUUUUUCCCUGGAAUAAGUAAUGUUUUUUCACUUUCGAAGAGAAAAUGAAUAGAUAAAGAAUAUAGAUGAUAUUAAAUUUAUUUAGUAUAAUUUAUUAUGAUUAUUGUCUUUUAUGAAUUUCACACAAUGUUCUGUAUAAAUAUACAAUGAUAACAUAUACAAUUGUACACAUCUUAAAAUCAAUAAGUUACUACAGACAUUGUGAUUAAUUUAACAAGUAUUGUAUGUACAAUCUCUAUUACAAUUUAAUUAUCAUAUAUCGCACAAAAUUUACUAAAUUUUUCAAAACAUUUUGAAUAUAACAUUUGGAAUUUUAAAAAAAUAUUUUAAAAAUUGUAAUUUAUUCAAUCAAUUAUAAUUGUUAUCGAUAAUAUAUUACGUUCAUCAAAUUUAUUUAUGAUAUUAUUGAAUAUUUUAAAAAUAUAUGAAUUUUAUUUAUUUUUUUCUUUUAGAAAUGUUUUAAGCUUUCUAUGACAAUGUGCUUCAACAAUGUGCAGAAAGACAAAAUAUUUUUAAUUUUAAUUUCUUUAUUUAAUUAAGAUAACAUCACAAAAGAGAUAUAUGAAUAGGAAAAUGAAAUUAUAAUUUAUUUAUCGAUAACAAAAUUUAAAAGAUAUUAAGUUUAUAAUUAUUAAAAAGGUUAAAAAACAUUAGUACCGUAUAAACAUUUGUCACGCAGGCGUGUCUAGAAUCGGUACCAAUGCAAAAUACUCGUAAGUAGUAACCGAAAGAAUAUUUCGAUUUUACGAAUAUAUACGAAAAUGAGAUCCAUUUCUCCAUUAUGCGAUAAAUUAAACCAUUUCAAUGCGUUAUAUGUAUAUUGUAUAUAAAAUUAAAUUAUGCCUAAUUGUAUCUAUGUAAUUAUUUAUGUGUAUAUUAUACUUUAUCGUGCGUUGCGAAUGGUUAAAUGAAUUUAAAUAUGGAAAAUGAUCAAGAUAAUUAUUUUUAUCGAUCAUUUUCUUAUAAUAAAUAAUAAUUGUCAGUGAUGGAUAUUCGACAUUUUCAAUCUUUAAUAUAAAUUAAAAAAAAUUUUUGAAAAAUCCUUACUAUAUUUGUAACUCAAUAAGUUUUUAAAUUUUAUCAUUAUUGUGAAAAAUUAAAUAUAAUUAAAUAUUAAAUUAUCUUGUGAAAAAAUUUUGUGAAAAUCCGUCUAUAUUAUAUUUUUAUAUUUCUAUGAAAUAAAAAUAUUUAAGCGUUUAAAUAUUAAAAAAAAUCAAAUAUUAAAAACUUAAUAUUAGAAUCUUUAAUAUUUUUUGUUUAUAUUUGUAUUACACUUAAUAUAUUACAUGUAACUUUCGAUUCCAUCACUAACGGUAAUGUUUAAAAUAUAAAAGGAAAAUAUACCAUACGUGUUAUUAAUCGUUAUGCAAUAAUUAAAUGUAUUUAAAUGUAUCUAGUGUGAAACGCGUUGCGUUUAAAAUUCGAUAAUAUAUAUACCAUAAAGAUGAAAA